AGAGAUGGGCCAGUCAAGCCCAGAAGGUGUUUACUGUACCAGCCUGAGAGGGCAGGAGAAGUCUGUUAGAAGAUUGUCUAAACCAAGGGAAGCAACCGAGAAACUCCGUGUGUCAAAUUAAGAUGAAUGUCCUGGGAUACAGUCAGCUGCCCCAAGGUGCUCCGUCCUUCCAAGGAAGCUAAGAGGCCCACUCAUCAUCCGGCAACUAGCACCGUGCGGGCAGUCCACAACAUGGCUUCCGUCUCUGAGCUCACCUGCAUCUACUCCGCCCUCAUCCUGCACGAUGACGACGAUGAGGUGACAGUCACGGAGGAUAAGAUCAAUACCCUCAUCAAAGCAGCUGGUGUCAAUGUUGAGCCUUUCUGGCCUGGCUUGUCUGCAAAGGUUCUGGCCCAUGUCAACAUUGGGAGCCUCAUCUGCAAUGUAGGGGCUGGUGGAUCCACUCCAGCAGCUGGAGCUGUGCCUGCUGGUGGUCCUGCUCCAUCCACCACUGCUGUCGCAGCUGAGGAGUCGAAAGAUGACAUGGGCUUUGGUCUUUUUGACCAAACUGCUUUUGUUAACAUGUCCAAUAAAGAGCUGAACCUGUCCAAAAAAAAAAAAAAAAGAAUGCAAAUGUUACCAAAAUAAGUAAGUUAAAAACUUUCUGAACAGAUGACAUCAUUUAAAUUGGUUUUGUUCACUAAUGGUAUUUGAGUGAAAAGGACUAUAAAGUAGCCAGUUACUGGCAUGAAUAAGCA